AUGCCCAUGUUUGAGGAUGUCACCCGGGCCCUGGCUAGACAGCUGAACCCUGGAGGGGAUCUGACACCCCUAGACAGCCUCAUUGACUUCGAUCGCUUCUAUCCCUUCUGCCUGGUGCUGAGGAAGAGGAAGAGCACACUGUUCUGGGGUGCCCGCUAUGUGCGCACCGACUACACUCUCCUGGAUUUGCUGGAACCGGGCAGCUCCCCCUCAGAUCCGAUAGACCGUGGCAACUUUAGCUAUAAAAAUACACUGGAUGCCCAAGUACAGGUACAUUUGAAAGUGCCAAAGAUGAUGAAGGUAAAGGGGACUGCAGGCCGGUCACAAAGCAGCACACUGGAGGUGCGGACAUUCCGCGUGACUCCCACGGCUCUGGAGAACUUGUGCAAGGAGAGAAAACUGUCAGCAGACCACUCGUUCCUGAAGGAGAUGAGGAAACUCAGAGAGAACAUCUACGUGGUGAUGGAGGUGGUAGAAGCUAUAGAGGAAGUCACACUGGAGCAAUCUAACAAUGCAAAUACGGAUGUCUCUCUCAGCUUGGCCCUACUGGGACUACAGAGAUCAAUGAACAACAACAAUGUUCUAACCAUCCCCAAGGGCUGCGUCCUGGCCUAUCGAGUGAGACAACUGAUCGUCUAUGGGAAAGAUAAGUGGGACAUUCCGCACAUUUGCAAUGACAGCAUGGAAACCUUCUUUAAGCCCAGGGCCGGUGCGAGGGCACCAGCUGAAUUUGUGCCUGCCAUAUUAACUGUGCCCCUAGGGGAGAUGCACAAAGACUUCAAGACAUUAAAGGAAGAGAUUCAGCGAGAGACUCAAGAAUUGGAGAAGUUGAGUCCAGUGGAGCGAAGCUCCCUACUCACUUCCCUCAGCCAUCUCCUAGGAAAGAAGAAAGAGCUCCAGGACCUUGAGCAGAAGCUUGAAUGGGCUCUACACAAGGGACAGCAAGUGACCCUGGAAGCACUCCCCAAAGAUGUCCUGUGGUCAAAGAACGCUAUGGAUGCCAUCCUCUACUUCCUCGGGGCUCUGACAG